GGCUGCUCCGAUCCGUUAGCUGAGCGGCUGUGGAGCGUCUUAUCAUGAAACCAUCGUCCUGUUUGUAAGCGUUAAUGCGCUCUGAGCCCAGACGCACAGCAACUUGGUGUUUUCUUUUCUACUGCUCAGGCAUGUCCUCAGACAUUUCCACAGACGUGGAGCUCGAGCUGGGCGAGCUGCUGCAGGAGUUCCAGGAUGUGAUGGAGGAGCUUAAGGCCCCCCCGAACAGCAAACCUCACGCGUACCAGCACGUACUGCAGGAAGCCAAAAGUCGCACAGGGCUGGGCGAUGACAGCGGAGUCGAGGACUCAGAUUACAGCAGCGAAGCUUCUUUGGGAAAUAGUUUGAACACCAGCGAGGAGGAGCUUCACACAGCAGGUGUAAUGCAGGCACCAAAAGCCAAGCUGGGAGACACAAGGGAACUCGAGAGCUUUAUCGACAUGUUGGACCGGGAACUUGCUGAGAUGUGAACAGAGACGGAAAGUGAACCAUGUACGCGGGGGCGGGGGGGUGGGGGAAACGUGGCCGGCUACUGUCGAGCAGAUCUACACCAGAGCAGAUCUGAGGGAGGAAACACUCUACUUGGCUGCUCCAGGGGAAAAAGUUAACACCAGGGGCACUCGCUUCCAAAAUGCAAGACCCAUGGCAAUGAUGUGUCCAGCUGGCAAGACGACGUCCCUGCAGCAUCAGAUCCAAGAUAUGUAAUAUAUUCCUGAAAGUAGCUUCCAUCUGUCUGGGCGUAUGAGAAAACACUGCCUAGAGUAUAGAAGACAUGCUUGUGCUGCAUUUAAAAUUCCCAUAAGUACAGUGCCAGUAAAGGGCUCGAAAAUCCUCAGUGCCAUAUUUUUAAAGGAGGCUGAUCUUUGUCUAGUUCAAAAUGACAGAUGGCACUUUAGUUUUAAAUUAAUUUCAAAUCCAAGGGUUUCAGAUCUGCUGUGUAAUAUUAAUUUUAUACUGAUGUUUCUAGUGUACAGUUCUUGUUCAUAUGAAUUUUUAUAUAAAUUGCUGUACAUAUGAAUGCACAUAAACAUAAAGCUACAUUUUGACAGUG